AUUUAUCAGUGUUCAUCUGCAGUGCUGUAUAAAUGUUGAUGUAAGUGUACUAGAAAAAGCAGCUACUGCUUCUAAUGCACGCAUCUGUUCGCGUAAUCGCGACGUCGAUGGACGCAUGGCAAGUUAAUACGACUAAUUAAGAAACGGCAAGCGGCAACGAUUUGCAAUAGGCCCGUUUCUACAAAAGAAGAGGCAAGCUAGUGUAUCACAAAAUCAACCACUAAUUGUGUAUCAUCAUUCCAGGACUAUGUAGCAUCGAACGUGUACAUGCAAGCACGUCGUGGCGACAGUACUAAACUCGGUUGGGGUUGUAGAAUUAAGACCAUUUGAGAUCAUCAUGAUCGAAGAUGGCAGUGGGCCGUUCUGUCCGCAAUAGUGAACGUCGUUGAGUGAGUGUCCGUGUGAAAUGUGAACUGACGACGCGCCGAGUUUUCAUUAGUUGCCGCCGCAGCGUCCUUGCCCCCUGCCAUAUUUGUGUGCAAUAUGGAUAGUGGUGAUCAGGGCAAGCUUACGAACGUUCUCAGUUUUAUGCCAGAGCCGUUAUUGCAGGUGCGCUAACACCUGCCCUUGCGCUGUGGCUGGUGGCGGUGAACGAUUUGAGUGCGUGUUUCUGUAGGCGGCGUCCGACGACCAUGUCGGUAUACCACGACGAAAUCGAAAUUGAAGACUUCGAAUACGACGAGGAAACUGAGUCCUACUACUAUCCGUGUCCUUGCGGGGAUCGUUUUGUCGUUACGAAGCUUGACCUCCAGAACGGUGAAGAGGUGGCGACGUGCCCAAGCUGUUCGUUAGUAAUCAAGGUCAUUUACAACCCUGAGGAUUUCACUGAAGAAGAAGAGGCAAGGCCACUUAAGGAGAAGGAGUCCGUCGUUCAGUCUAUUAAGAGGUCUAGUUAGACUGGGCACAAGCGUUGGGGAA